AUGACGAUGAUGAUUAUGAGGCUUAUAUUAGAAUUAAGAAUCUCUUAUAUCAUUACUCUCAUCCUCCUCUUCUUCCUCCUUCUCGAUGCCACGUCAUCCACAUUUGUCGUCCAUAACAACUGCCCGUACACCGUAUGGGCAGCCGCGAUACCCGGCGGAGGCCGGCGCCUCGACUCCGGGCAGAAUUGGAUUUUGAACGCUAUGGGCAGCACAAAUGGGCGACUGUGGGCCCGAACUGGCUGCUCGUUCAAUGCGUCGGGCCAAGGGCGAUGCCAGACUGGCGACUGCGCCGGGCAGCUCGAGUGUCGGGUCCCUGGUGCAGCCCCCAACACAGUAGCCGAAUAUCAGUUCGUCGGGUCUAGCCAGUAUUUAUUCUACAUAUCUUUGAUGGAUGGGUAUAACGUCCCCUUGGAAUUCAGUCCUACCACCCCUAACCAGAAUUGUUCAACUUACGGCGUAAGACUGAGGUGUGAUGCGGAUAUCAACGCGCGGUGUCCGAGCGAGUUGCGUGCUCCUCCGGGCGGCAGCGGCUCCGGCUGUAACAAUCCAUGCACAGUCUUCCACACAAACGAGUAUUGUUGUUCUGAUGCAACGGUAGCCAGUUGUGGGCCCACAACAUAUUCCAUGUUUUUCAAGCGAAGGUGUCCAGAUGCUAUAACUUAUCGUCAGGACAAUGCCACAAGAAUCUUCACUUGUGCCGCUACAGGCAACACUUACAGCCUGCUCUUCUGCCCCACCCAACGUCUCCUUACCCGCGGCCCAGGCAUCAUAAUGGGUGUUACUGUUGUGAGUGUGUUGAGUAUCGUUACCACAAUCUGUUGCAUUAGAAGAAGACGUUUACGAGGCCGUCACAACCUAAAUGUCGAAACAUUUCUACUCCAGCAUGGAUCUCUAGCUCUCAAGCGCUAUAAAUACACCGAAAUCAAGAAAAUGACCAAAUCCUUUAGCGAGAAGCUAGGACAAGGAGGAUACGGCAGCGUGUACAAAGGAAAGCUACCCGAUGACAUCCUUGUUGCAGUCAAGGUUUUGACCGAUACCAAUAGCAACGGGGAGGAGUUUAUUAACGAAGUCGCCAGCAUCAGCCGGACCUCCCACGUCAACAUCGUCAAUCUCUUGGGUUUUUGUUUCGACACACAAAAGAGAGCUUUGGUGUACGAGUACAUGCCUAACAAAUCUCUCGACAAGUACAUUGCUGACGGGUCACUCGACCGCUUGGAUUCUGAAACACUUUAUAAGAUUGCGCUUGGAGUAGCCAAAGGCCUAGAGUAUCUGCACACGGGCUGCAACACCAGGAUUGUUCAUUUUGACAUCAAGCCUCAGAACAUUCUUCUGGACCAAGACCUUUGUCCGAAAAUCUCCGACUUUGGGCUCGCUAAACUGUGCAAGAAGAAGCAGAGUUUGGUGUCGGUGCUUGGGACGAGAGGCACGCCAGGGUACAUUGCUCCGGAAGUCUUCUCCAGAAAUUUCGGAGGAGUUUCGCAUAAAUCGGAUGUUUAUAGCUACGGGAUGAUGGUUCUUGAGAUGGCUGGAGCAAACGCUCUCGUCGUGGGCCAAUCCGAAAACACCCAGUCGAGCGAGAAUUAUUUUCCUGAUGGAAUUUACGAGCGCGUAAUAGAUGAUGUUACUAGGAUGUCAGCGGAUGGUAUUACUAUUACCACACACGUAGACGUAACUUCUCGGAAAAUGCUUUUGGUAGGAUUUUGGUGCAUUCAGACAAACCCAUCGGACAGGCCUCCGAUUUCAAUGGUUGUGGAGAUGUUAGAAGGGAGUUUUCAGUCCAUACAGAUUCCUCCUAAGCCCGUCUUGUUUACUCCUGCUCUGCCCGUCUUACAAGGUUCCUCGUCAUUUUCGUCGUAUGUCGAGACGGCAGAGCAUUCGGCUCAAGCUGCAGUUCAAGCAUAG